AACACAACAGACACUAAAUUCCCUUCAAACAUUGUUUUCAACUUUUCUAGUUUGCUCUUGUGGUUUUUAUUUCUAUUUAAUUUUGGCAUCAUAUAAGUUAAAUAGGUACUAAUUAUGUCCGCUUUCAAAGCGUUGUGUGAUGUUUCCAUAGCCUUCGAAAACUAUUCUAGGCAGGUCUCCGCGGAAUUAUUCUCUGCUAAAAUCAGUGAACCCUUCGAAGACGUAGUCAAUAAAAAACUUCGCGAUGUUAAACUUUAUACAUCGAAAUUAAGAUUGUUAGAAGCAAAAUCUCUUGCAGAUACUCCACAGAUCAGUCAAAAAAAUAGUACCGAAGAAACAGUUCUGGAUUAUGAAGACACUGUAUCAUCCAAAAUUAUUGAACAACUAGUAGUUAAAGCAGUAACUCAAAGCCACACUGUCAAGAAACUUUUGACUACGGCCAACCAGCAGCUGAGACCUGAGUUUGUGGAGAAAAAAGAAAGGAUAAUCGAAGAACUGACGAAAUACAGUCAAAAUGAAUCAGCACUGCGCUCGUUAGAAGAUGUACUGGAGACGAAGGAAACCCAACUUCUAGAAGUACGGGAAAGAUGGGACAAAGUGGUUGGUAGAUUGAGGGACACACCUAAAGUGGCACCGAAUGAGGACCAGAUGGAUGGUCCUUUGUACAAGAGACUCCAGAAAAUAACGGAGAAAAUGGAAAUGAUGCGUUGGUUGGUUGCCAAGCUUGUGACGUCACGGUAUGACGUGGACUACGAUUGGUCGGCCGACCCGCACCGCCGCCUGCGCGCCUUGGCUGUAGCGCGGCAGAGAAAUGACGAGUGACGUCCGACUUUAGUUAGGGUAUAGUGGACACAGACUCUACUGACGAAUCUUCAGUCCCAUCACCUCCGUAAGGCUGCCGGCUUAAGAGGGCUCUCUCCGUCACUCGUUUCAUACAAUCGUAGUUCCAGUUUCAUUUGAUAAGCAAC